AUGGAGCCACAGACCAAACGCUGGAAGGGCUCAGAGUGCGACACAGACUCCUGGGUUGCUUAUCCUGUACUGUCAGAUGAGCAGUCACAAGACGUCGAGCUAAUAGAGGCUUUUGCUGCACCCAUUGUCAACAAAAAAGAGACGUCUCGACUGGUCCGGGAGCUGAGCAGCCAUUACCCGUUGAACAGCCUUCAGCACAUCAAGAGGGUGCGGGCGGUGAAGGCGAAGGGCAGCCCUCACCCUCUGGAAGUCCUCGUGUGCCUCGUUAGUGACGCUCCAGACAUGACGGUGGUCGACAUCAAGUCUCUGCUCCCCUCAGAUAAAGUUAAACCUGAGGGAUUGGGUGAACCCUUUGUGGUUAAGGUCCCUGCGCGUCCCCCUUUGACCCGACCCCAGUUUGAGCUGGCGAGCAAACACUGGCCCACAUCCUUUCACGAGGACAAACAGGUGACCGUCGCCCUGAAAGGAGAGCUCUUUGGUCCAGCUCAGAAAUCCAUGAUGCACACAUACAUGAUGUCUGCUGUGGCUGCAGCCAGAGCAGGACACGAGUUAGGAAUGGAGGCAGUGGGUGCAGUGGUGGUCGACCCUGUGAUGGAGCGAGUCAUUGCAGUGGGUCAUGACUGCAGGGGUGACCAUCCUCUUCAUCAUGCUGUGAUGGUCUGCAUCGACCUUGUGGCUCAGAGUCAGGGUGGAGGAUGUUAUUCUUUUGACAAGUAUCCUACUUGUACAUUCACUGCUCCAACCUUAGCGACCACUGAGAAUCCUCCUGACUCAGAGGGGAGCUCUCAGCCGUACAUAUGCACCCGGUAUGACUUCUAUGUGACCAGAGAGCCUUGUGUUAUGUGCGCCAUGGCUCUGGUACACUCCAGAGUUGGUCGUGUUUUCUACGGCGCUGCCUCUGCUGACGGAGCCUUAGGGACGAAAUUUAAAAUCCACUCCCAGAAGGACUUGAACCAUCGAUUUGAGGUCUACAAAGGAGUCCUGGGCGAGCAGUGUGAGGAUCUGAGCAGCUUAGACCAAACCAAAAGGAACAGUUUACAGGAGAAAAGAUGA